AAAAUAAAAACCAAUGGCCCUUGUUGAGCCACUUCAGCUCCGCCAACCAGAUGCCAAUGGCGGCCCACCUUUUGAUUUGGCUCUUCCGCCUUCUUUUAGAAAGGAAAAUCACAAAGUCUUCGUUUUUUCUUUCCUCUAUUGUUCUGCAAGAUAUUUUAUGCGAUUUUCGCGGUCCUGAUCGAAAGUUGGAUAUCAAAAACUAUAGGCGGUUUUGCUUCUCUCAACUUUUCAGAUAUUUCAUCAGUUUUUUUGUUUAAAGAUGAGGUUAAUUGGAUAAUUCACUACAAAAAUUUCAAUCCUUCUUUCAUUCUUUUUUUCACUGAGAAAUUAGGGUUUUCGUUUUGGUGUUACCGAUUAGGAUUUUUGAAAAUGGGUGAAGUUGGAGUGGAAGAAGACUUGCAGGUUGCGACGGCGGAGGAGAGUAAGAAGAAAAACAAGAAGAACGAGGAAGAAGAUGAAUCCUUGGAGGCUGCUCGGUGGGAAAGAUUCUUACCUCGUAUGGUUCUCAGAGUUCUUUUAGUUGAAGCCGAUGACUCCACUCGUCAGAUCAUUGCCGCUCUUCUUCGAAAAUGCAGUUACAGAGUUGCGGCUGUUCCUGAUGGUUUAAUGGCAUGGGAGACAUUAAAAGAUCGACCCCAUAACGUUGAUCUUAUACUGACUGAAGUAGAGUUGCCUUCGAUUUCCGGUUUCUCGCUUCUUACUUUAGUCAUGGAACAUGAUAUAUGCAAAAACAUUCCUGUUAUAAUGAUGUCAUCGCAUGAUUCGAUUAGCAUGGUUUUGAAGUGCAUGUUGAAAGGUGCAGCUGAUUUUCUUAUCAAGCCUGUUCGGAGGAAUGAGUUGAGAAACCUCUGGCAGCAUGUUUGGAGAAGACACACGGUAUGCUCAAAGCUAGCUGGUGGACGUAUUCCUCAUAAUCUACGUGCUACAGAACAUAAAGUCGAAGCCACUGCUGAAAACAAAGCUGAGAGCAACCAGUCGAGUGAUUAUGGGUCGUCUACACAGAAAAAUAAAGAAGGAAGUGAUACCCAAAGCUCUUGUACACCGCCUUACUUGGAAGCUGAGAGUACAUACAUACAAACUAUGCAGGGUCUUUCACAGAUGAAGUGUACGAGUGCAAAUCUUAGCAAUACAAGUGGGGAGCAGCCGGGAAAUGCUGUCAAAGUGAACCAAGAGUCACUUCAAAAUGAGGGUCAAGCUGAAGGGAUAUCUGACCAGCUAUUUGUUUCAGAAAAUUCAAAUAGGCUAGUACGGGUAAAGGAAGUUGCUUGUUGCACUGAAGCUUGUGAAUCAAACGCAUCGAAAUUGGAAGAAAACUCUGCUUUUGUUAAAGGGAUGACUCGAGACGAUGCUGUUGGGCUACAAAGUGAUAGAAUAAAUGUGAAUGUUAUGAUUAGAGUUGGCUGCAAUGAUGAAUUAGCUGAACCUUCCACUGGAGCGAUUGACUUGAUUGGUUUGUUUGAUAAUCGGCCAAAGGGCACCUUUGUGCUUUCUAGUUUAAGUGAUGGUGCUAACAAGUUUGAAUUUUCUCCACAGUUGGAGCUUUCUUUGAGAAGAUCUUGUUUAAGCAGCACAAAGAACCACGGUGCCAGUGAAAGGCCUACAUUAAACCAUUCUGAUGCUUCGGCUUUUUCAUGGUAUAACAAUAGCAAAUCAUUACAGUCCAUUUUCCCUACACUAGAUGGCAACCGAGCUGCAUUCAAGGAGGGUGACUGUAAACCCUCACAACACCUUGAAAGUAACAAUGGUACUUCUCAACGUCAUCUUCUUACACUAAGUGAUAGUCAGGAGAAUCUGCCUACUCCAGUCACGGGUCAAACUGAAAGAACAUUUCCAAGCAGCCAACUUGGGCUAAUUACUGUUCCAGGGGUGAAGAUGGAUGACAUGUAUGCUGGAUGCAAUAAUGUUUUCCCAAAUGUUUAUUAUGCGCAAUCAAGUUUACCCCCUGCAUGGAGUCCCAACCCAGAUGGACAGCGAGACUAUUCUUCCUUUCCUAUGAGCACCUCAGUGCAUUCAAAUCUCGAUGUUCACAACUCAGAACAAGGUUACCACCGGUCUGAUGAAGCUACCAAUUGUUCUAUUGACCAAACUGUUCGAGAGCAGAACAAGCAGGAGCCUGUUGGGGAACUAAGGUGCAGUUCUCCUAUUGCUGAUCAGAGUGCUUGCAGUAGUUUAUGUAAUGGUGGUGCAGACCAUGAAAAGAGCAGCGCACAUGGAGGUGUUUCAAGUAGGAGCGAUGCAAGUGCUAGUGCGACUUUUGCUGCAGAAUCUGAUAAGCACACAACCAUGGAGACUUUCAAUGAUAGCAAUUUCUUCAUUCACGAUGGAUUCAAAGGGAUGGUUUCUCAUCGCUCCACCCAAAGAGAAGCCGCUUUGACAAAGUUCCGACUUAAGCGGAAAGAUCGAUGCUUUGAGAAAAAGGUUCGGUAUCAGAGCCGGAAAAGACUGGCAGAGCAGCGUCCCCGAGUGAAAGGACAAUUUGUCCGUCAAGUGCAAAAUGACACCCCAAUAGGUGAUGCUGAUGGCCCUAAAAUAUGACAAACAUAAUCUUGCUGAAAACAUGAGACCAUUUAAUUUUCCGUUGCAAGCAUUAGGCAAGAAGUUUUUUGAAAUAAAAGGUAGGAUCGUGUGAGAUAGCCGAAAUAUUUUGCAAGCUCCUUUGGUAUUUUUGUGGUUGAUGACUGUAAUUUUUUGAAUCCAACUCAACGAGGUAGUAUUGUAGUUAUGUAGUGAGGUAGUCUUGGUUCUUUUUUCCUGGUAGAAAUACGUGUGAUUGUAUGUACAUUGGACAAUGUCUUGAUUGUAGUUAGGCAGGUUAGUGGUAUAAUGUAAUUUGCUUCAAUAGGUUCAAAUACGGAUUUGUCAUGUCUCUGACUCUUUUACGUACAACUUGGUAUUUCUAGCUUAAUAGCUCUUCUUGUGUAACUUUGUUUCAAUAGCUUUCAUUGUGCACUUUUGUAUAAAAUGUACGUUUCAUGUCAGAUACUAUUUAUUUGUCACAAUUAUGAUGACAUAAUAA